AUGGACCAACCCAUUUGCAGGACCAACUCUCAUACCUUUUUAGAAACAAGUCAAACUUGUGGAAAAAGCGAGGAGGCAGCGAUAAAUUCAAAGAAUGCAAACCAACCAAAGUUCAAAGAAAGACAAAACGACGCGAUGAACUUUCAGGCAGACCUCCAAUCACUACUAAUUGCUCUUCUGACCAAACACUGCAAAAUAACAAUUGGCAGACCACAUCGACUCUCUCGUAUGACCAAACAAUUCAUUAAAAUCAAAGAACUCGAAUUUAAUCGAUUUGAUACUAUCAAUGUUCUGCAAUACAUUCAAACACUCUCAAAAGAGAAAACUCAGUACGAAUUUAUGAGUGGAAACACCACAAAGAAAACAGCAAAAAGAAGAAUUCAACCAACUAAAAGAAGAGAAGUGGUCAGACUUCUCAUGGAUAUUUUACUUGAAUUUGGGUAUGUCGUAAUAGCUGAGAAUGAAACAGUAGAUGGCUAUGAAGGUAAUGUGUGGAUUUAUUCUAAUGGAAUUUGUAUUUAUGAUACCGAACAGAUAAAAAUGUGUGGAAGUAUUGUUAAUACAUACUUGGCUUCCCAACUGCAAGUUAAAACAUCUGUGGUUCUAACGACAGCAGAAUUUGUCUUUGUUGCCUAA